AUGUCCUUCGCCAACAUCUACACGCACCGCAAAGUUGCCGAGACGGCGGCCAAGGGCUGCGAUGUAUGCUAUCGCGCCACAAGUAGCGUGCUUGUGGCACCCGAAAACAAGGACUUCUUCUACGUAUGCCCCAGCCAUUUGAAGGACAAGAACUUCUGUUCCCCCAUCAUCGACAAAGAGGCCGUCGAGGCGAAGAAAAAGAAGGAGCUGGAAGAAGAGGUUGAGCGCGUCAAGAAGGAAUACGAAGAGAAGCAGAGAAAGAAGAAGGAGAAGGAGGACAAGGAGAAGGCCGAGGACAAGGACAAAAGCAAAGACAAGGAAAAAGAUAAGGAUGACAAGAAGACGGAUGACGAGAAGAAAGGCAGCGAUGCCAAAUCCCCAGAGAAGGACGGUGUCGAGACACCUACCCCAUCCGCAGAGGAGGAGCCCCGCGUUUUUGCGCUUCAUAAGAACUUCUACGGUAUUCGAAUCGAGAAGAAACGGCAGAUAGAGCUUGCCAGGAGAAACCGAGAACGACUCCAACAGCCCAACCUGUUUCCGUCCGUCCCGAAAGGUACACCAGGCGCACCUGGUAGCUGA